CUAAGUAGAGAAAGUAAAGAACGCCUGGCGAAUAUUGACAGAACGUUUGAUCUGUUACGGACAAGGAGCAGGAAGUACACAGAAUGGUGCGCUUUAAAAAAAGGUAUUUGUUGGUGGAAAUUUCUUGUAAAGACGGCCAAGUUGAUGAGAGAAUUGAUGGAAGAGUAGUCUUUGACACUGUGAAGAAAGCCGUGAUCUCAGCUCAUGGAGAUUAUGGAAUGGCUUGUGUUGCUCGUUCAUUGCAAGUAAAGUAUUUAAACUCUGUCACUGGAGUGGCAUUUAUUGCAUGUGCUAGAGAUUAUUAUAGGAUGGUUUGGUCAGCAGUCACCUUCAUAAGAACCAUAACAAUAAAAAAUGAUGGUCAUCCAUGCGUGUUCCGCGUUCUUCAUGUUGGAGGUACAAUUCUCUCCUGUCAAAAGUUCCUAAUACGUCAUAAUAAAGACCAGCUCCUUCAGUUGUUGCAGAAUUGCAAAACACCAGUUGAAAGGAAAAAGGUAUUAAAGAUCAUAAAGAAAGCAGAGAAAGAGGAGAUUUCACUAUCUGUUUUUAAAGUGAAAAGGAAAACAACAGAAAAUAGAAGGAAAAAUUCUGACAUUGCAUGUGACGAUGAAGAGUUUGACUCAGAUUUAUGAAGAGAUAUGUGAUAUAUUCUCCUUCCCAGUGGAAAGAAAUUUGUAAUUUAAAAAAGAGCCCAAAUCAAGUUAAUUCUGAGAAGACAGUUUUGCAAAGUUUGAUGCACAGAAGUGAAAAAAUUUUCAACAAAAAAUUAUAGAAUAAAGCAAAUGUAUAUAAGUGAAGACCAAUACUAUUUUCCUCUCUAGCCAUCUUUGGAUUGCCUGUUUUAUAUACAUGAGUCUACUUCUUAGUCGGUGUAAGCAUCGCUUUAGUUUUAUUUAAAACUUGCUGAAGCAUAUUGGUAUAAAAUUAUGUUCUCAGGA